AUGGGCGAUCAUAAUUUGCCAGAUUUUCAGACAUGUUUGAAAUUUUCUGUUACUGCUAAGAAGAGCUUUUUAUGUAUGUAUAGAGAUGACUUCCCGCAGGGACAAUUAGCUUCUUCAAUGCCAAGCACAUGCGAUAUACAACUGAAAAGGGCGAUUAAUGACGUUUAUCCAGAUGGGGUAAUAAAGGUCGUGGUCAUGAACUCGACAACUGCAAGCUUAGAGUCGUUGGCAACUACACGCGCUCAGGAAUUUGAAAUUAUCAUCAUUCCAGAUAUAAAUACGCUUUCACAGCAAGACCAAGCGAAACUAGUGAAUAUUAUGAGAGGCCCCAGGAUUAUAACCGAGAAGGCACAGUCAGGACGUAUUUUUAUAGGAGUUGUUCAUUGGAAUAAUCCGGUGCCACCAUCAAGCGCUGCGAAGGAUGGGUACAAUGCAAGUAAGGCAGCUCCAAAAACACGCAUCUUUUUACCCACAUGCAUACACGUAGAUGCUUGGCUCAAACACAAAUUUUGGUUUGCAUGCGCACCGCCAUAUUUGGAUUUUGAGAGUUCAUCAGAGUCCAGUAUUAACACAAGGGCCAACAAUAGCCCUGGAGAGAUGGGAGAGAAGCAACAAGAGGCUGAAGGCAAUAGGUCGGUCGUAUUGAAUGAAGAGGCUAAUUUGAACGAUGUAUUUGUCGCAUCCAGUGUAAAACGGUACAUUCUGGAUAUUAUGGUACAUUUGCGAACCCAUAGGUUGACGUAUAAUGCCAAAGCCGGUGGGGUCUACACAAAUUCACUAGACGACAUGGUAUUAUUGUCCAGAUUAAUUGGUUUACAUAGUGGCAAGAUGUUUGUGUCGCCUUCACAUGUGAAGAAGGCGUCCAAGUGGUACUUUCCUAUGCACUUGGAACUGGUGCAGCGCUCUUCUAUGGACAGUUCGUUGUUGUAUGGCAGCGAUCCUAACUUGGUAGAUGAAAUGCUGGAGAAACUUGCGAAGAUCAAGCAUGAGGAAGUUGAUGAGUUUAAAAAUCCACUUUUCUUGGAAUCUCUUGUAGUGAAAAACGUAUUAAGUAAAGUGGUGCCACCUGUAUAA